GGAAGGGCCGCCCCCCCGGCCAGCCUGCAGCAGAUGACGCGAGGUUGCACCGGUGGCUCCAGGCAGCCCAUCAGCUCUGCAGGACGCCUGCUUUGACCCAGCUGUUUCCCCUCCUCAGCUCUUCAAAGCAUGCUGUUCGAGCAAUAGGCUAUUCCUGUGUCCAAAGUAGUCUUCUACCGCGAACAUGAAUGAGAUCAAGAUUGCUGUGCUGGGCAGUGAAGGGGUCGGGAAGUCAGCUCUCAUCGUCCGGUUCCUCACCAAGCGCUUUAUUGGCGAGUACGCGUCCUCUUCAGAGUGCAUAUACAGAAAGCGUCUGUCUGUGGAUGGGAAGCAGAUCAAUCUCCAGCUCUAUGACCCGUGCUCUCAGGCCUGUGAGGGUAAGUCUACUGUGAACGAACAGAUCCACUGGGCUGAUGGCUUCAUUGUAGUCUACGAUAUCAGCGACCGCUCCUCCUUCCUCACUGCAAAGGCCAUAGUGCACCUCAUCAGAGAGCUACACCUGAGAACUGCCAAAAGGAACGUAGACUCGCUCAUAUUUCUGGUGGGCAACAAACAGGACCUUUGCCACGUGAGAGAGGUGCGGCGUGAAGAAGGUCAGUGUCUGGCUGCCGAGUCCCGCUGCCAGUUCUAUGAGUUGUCGGCGGCUGAGCACCACCAGGAAGUGGCGCUCAUAUUCUUCAAGAUGGUGCAAAACGCUAGCCUCGGCAGCAAGGCCAAAGAGCGCAGGAGACGCCCCAGCGGCUCCAAGUCCAUGGCCAAACUCAUCAACAACGUCUUCGGCAAACGGAGGAAAUCGGUGUGAAGUGUCAAAUACAAGGACGGCUGUCAGUCAAAGCUGGACCAAUGGCAUCUGACUCGGCUUUGUGUCUUUGAUUGUGUUUGGUGUUGCUGUUAAUUAAACUGACGACUACAUGUAUGAAGUGGUGAUGAUGUGAUGUGACGGUAGCACACAGCAGAGCCUGUUUUGCUGCUUACCCUCCACUAAUUCAUGCUUUUGCUCCUUUUAAAUAUUGGAAACCUUGCACGAGAGGCACGUGCUUAAGCAUUUCAGCAUUUCGGGAAAUGUUUGGAAAGUCAGUGACAUUUAAUCCAAGACAAACCAAUUACUUAUAAAAACUGUACUGCACAACUUCACAGCCAGGACUCCAAAAUAUUACGUUUCCAUACGUCAAAACUCGAGGGAAACAUAUUUUGUCCCGGAUUACGUUUGUUUUUGACGUGUCACAUGUGAUUUUUGCUAAUUGCUGAUACUUUGAAUGGGGAGCAUCGUCAGUUAAUGGUGUCAUUUUCAAAGCAUUGUUAGUCACACUCAUCGCUUCAUUGGAGCCUUUUCCCCCCUCGGACGACAAAUGAACCUGCCCUGUAAACUCACCUGUUAUUCUGGCGUUU